AUGAGUUCAAAGUCGCCUCCUCCGCAUUUGCUCCCCGACUGGGAGCCGUCGUCGCUGCCGAGCCACAUUCGGCACGGCUCGGACGAUGGGCUCGCCAACCGUCUCAUCAAAUCUGGGUCCAGCCUCGACCCACCGAGCCUGGGCUUUCGCGACGAAUCUCCCUUAUCUGCCUGCAGCGACGAGGACGAAUGCUCUCGAAGCCAGGGCGAUAUGCCAGCGCGGCGACGGUCCGUGACCAUAUCGCUGAUGCCAACCGAGCGUGUGAACCGAGAGGCGGUUAUCGCCAGCGCCCACAGCAGCCGAGUUCACGCCGUCGAAUCGCCGAGACUUCAUGGGAAUGCACCGCAGAUCAUCUCGCGCGAGGCUUCGAUGAGCUCGUGGCAGCCUCCAGAGAGCUGGAAGUCUUUCGUCCUGGAGGCAGACGACAUCAGCCUCAAACAACCCUCCUCCAAGCCCAGCACCCCUCCAACCACCGAUAUCGUCAAAUCCACGGGCACGUCCAAGCCCAAACCCAGAUUACCGGCCACGAUAGCUCAUGUGAGCGACGAUGAGCUCUCCAAGCAUCCAUCCGCACACCCACGCCCUUCCGGUGCCGCUACACCCGAAUCAAGGCGGUCGGCGUCGGUUUCCAAGAGCCCUUGCGCUCUCAGCCGUGCGAACACGGCCAGCCAUCCUGUGUCGGAGCCCGACCUCCUCAGCGAAAAGAAGGGCCAGAGCGUGCACGCCGAUGACAGUGAUGCAGACCAUCGCCUUCUUGGCUCGACUGUGUGUCCGGCAUCGCCGAGUAUGACUUCCAAUCGUGAACAAAGGCGAGUCGAGAAGCUGUUUCCGGAAUAUUGCAAGACCGAAGUCGUCAACAGCUUCAGCUGCGCGCUGGAGAAAGAUGUCCUUUGGCAAGGAAAGAUGUACAUUACUGGGUCCCACGUCUUGUUCCACGGAAAUAUCUUUGCCCGGACCGUCGACAUUGUGUUGCCCUUUGAAGAAAUCAUCUCGAUCGAGAAAAAAUCGACGGUGGUGAUGUUUCCGAAUGCGAUCAGGAUAUGCACCACCUCCAAGAAGUGUGUCUUUUCGUCUUUCCUGAAGCGCGAUUCGGCAUAUCAUUGUCUGGUAAAUGCAUGGUGCCGACUGACAAGGAAGCCACAUCUCUUGGAGAGCAACGACGAUGAAGCACCCAGUGCCAGCAGAGACGAAGACGACAACCGCCGGAGCGAGGUUUCAACUACGAUGGCGAGUUUCCGAGGCGAGUCACUCAGCGCUGCGUGGUCCGAGACACCCGAUCAACAGCAUCGUUUGAGUCUUUCGAACUCACGAGCGCCAAGCAAGAUCGAUGUCGAUGUCGUGCUCAAUUCUCAGCGGCUGGCAUCGAUUGCCCCCGGUCCUGCCCCAAACACACCGCAGCUCCUCACAACGGGCCUGACGCCUACAGCAACAUUGCAAUCGCGCAAGCCUUCCAGUAGCUCGAUCGGCCCUCCUGUUCCUCUCGAGCCUCUCUCCAAGGGCCCUGGUCUCGCGGUCCCGAUCCCUGGCGCGGACCCGGUCUCAUCCGAAGACACGGACGAGAUUCCAUCCUGGCGCAAGUACAAGUACAAGAUCUUGGAUGAAGUCAUCGAGAUGGAUCCGCCAGCCAUCUUUGAGCUCUUGUUUGGCUCGAAUGGAUCGGAUGUGAUCCGAGCAACACAUGCCAAGCGCAAGACCGCCGACGUGCAUUUUGAGCCGUGGGAGCAAGUCGCCGAUGGACAGGGGCAACGACGUCUGGUGACCUACUGUCCAACAUACAAGACCACGAUGACUCAAAAAAAGAUUGCUCAAUGCACCGAGAGCCAGACUGUGGUCUCUAUGGAGAAGGGGUACUUCGUUGACUGCGUCAUCAAAACACCAAAUGUGCCUUACGGCAGCGACUUUGAGACGCACAACCUCUACAGCAUCGAGCCAGCCGAAGUCGGCAAGUCGCGACUGAUUGUCACCGCAAGCGCUGUGUUCCACCGAAAGCUGAUAUGGAAAGAUCGAAUCGAGGUGGGAAGUAUCGAGAGCUCGGAGCACUUUGCAAAGGAGCUCUGUAAACAGAUCCGCAAGUAUCUCAGGCGCAAGAACCAAGUCCCAGACCCAGCCUCGAUGGCGGCUGUGGGCGGGGGUUCUGUGCAGACCCCGACGCUGCUAUCGGUAUCACCUUCGACUUUGGCUUCAGCUUCGCAAACCAAGGCAGGGGCGGAUUCGGCUGUGAGCGUCGGGUCGGUGCUCACCGUCAUCCAAGGGUGGCUGUGGUUCCUGUGCUGGACGAUGUGGAAGCAACUCUAUGAGCAACUCUUGGUCCUCGUGGUCGGCAGUCCAUCUUUGUCGGAGAGCAACGGUGCAGCAACAUCCCCGGAGCGGCUCGGCGAGUCGAGCGAGCCCGAGUCCCUCGAGCAUCUGGAGAGCGAAGGAACGACCAAGCGACGCCGACGGUCGCUGAAAUGGCGCUCGGUGGGCAAACCUUCGCACCGGACGAUUGGCAAGAUGCAUGUCUCCAUGGCCGAGAUGACCCGGCACAGCCUUGAAACGAUUCCCGGGUCGUUUUCGUCGUUCAUGCGGGCUUCUGGACGCAACUCCUCGACAGCGUCGCUCGGAAGUCGAUCGCUGCUUGCGCUGGAUGGUCACCCCGGCCCUCGGUCCCGGCCUCGGUUGACGCUCGUGAUCCUGGCCGUCUUUGCCAUCACUUUGGCUCUCGCUGUUUUCAAUCUUUACUCCAUAGUGGCGCUUCGGGGUCAAGUCAAUGCUCUCUUUGACGACCUCAAGUCCCGCGAGCCCGGUAUCGCAGCUAGGUCCGGUGAUGCUAGUGCCUCAGCCGAGCCGUCCUUGCCGACCCCGCCAGUGGACUUUCGCCCCAACCAGACCGACUAUAUCGACGGCCAGCGUCGGAUUUAUCUCAGGCUGACCCGGCGUCUGGACCAAAAGAUCUUUUCGAUGAAGCGGCGGCUCCUGGAUCUCAACCGGGCCGUCGCCAAGCUGGGCCCGCAUGCCCGGCACUUUGAGUGGGAGCUAUCCGAAGCACUCGAGCACUAUCGGCAUCCCACCCGUCAUGAGGACGGGCACCAUCCCGACCAUGGUCGAGAAGACAAGCCUGAGCCCGCUGCUGCUCUAUACGGGGCUGCAUCGACACCAGCGCCAAGCAAGGUAUUAUCGAACAAGCGGCGGCCACGGAACUCACAGUCCAACCGCAAAGCCGCUGGUGCUGUUCUUGUGUGCCGGCGGCCCUGGGGCCCAACAGCAGGCGAGGAAGAGCGGUGGGCAUGA